AUGCCAGGGUUGCUUUCCUUUCCUUUCCUUUCAUUUUACUUCGUUUUUCUUUUUCUUCUUUUCUCUUUUUUUCUAUUCUUUUCUCUUUUGACUUCCUUUCUUUCUUUCCUUUUGCUUCUGUUUUACUUCUUUUCCCAUUUUCUUCCUUUUUUUUUCAUUUUCUCUUUUUUUGGAUCCUCUUUUUCUGUUUGUCUCCUUUUACUGUUUUUCUUUUUCUUCUUUUUCUCUUCUUUUCCCUUUUUUUUCUCUCGCUUUUCCUUUUCAUCCUUUUUCUCUCACGUCAACAUUUCUUUUUCUUCUGACUUUUCAUUUUUCUUUUCUUUCUUUCUUUCAUUUUCUUUUUCUCGUAACUCUUAUUUUUCUUUUACUUCUUUCUUCCUUUUUCAUCUUUUUCUCUUAUUCCUUACUUUUCUUUUUCUUUUUCUCCGUCUUACUUUUUCAUCUUUUUCUCGUAACUCUUACUUUUCUUUUUUCUUUUCAUUCUUUUCCCUUUUUCUUUUUCAUCUUUUUUCUCUUAAUUUCCUUUUUUCUUUUUCUGCUUUCUUCUUUAUCUCUUACUUUUCUUUUUACUGUUUGUCUUUCUCUCUUUUUUCUUUUUCAUCUUUUUCACUUAUAUCUCACUUUUCCUUUUUCUUUUUCGUCUUUCUCCCCAUCUCUUUUUCAUCUUUUUCUCUUACGUCACACUUUUUUAUUUUUUCUUCUCACUUUUCAUUUUUUUCUUUUUCUUCUCCCUCUCUUUUUUCUUUUCGAUCUGUUCUUCUCAUCUCUCACUUUUCUCUUUUCUUUUCCUUCUUUCUCUCUUUUUCAUUUUCAUCUUUUUCUGUUAUCUCACUUUUCUUUUUACUUUUUCUUUUUUACUUUUUCUUCUUUCUCUCGUUUUCUUUUUCAUUUAUUGUUUUUUUUUCUUCUCUAUCAUCUUUUCCUUUUUCUCUAACUUUUUUCCUUUCUCGUUUUCUUUAUUUCAUUUUUUUUUGCGCUUUCUUUCCUGUUGACGAAGACGCAUCGAAAAGCGAUCAUCAAUUCAUGACGUACCGUAAUGACAAUAUUUUUCUGAAAAGAAAUCGUAUUUUUUUUUCUUUACGCCAUGGGAAGGCAAUAAGAACAAAACCGAAGUGGUCGAUUCAGACAAUAGAAAAUUGUAUCCUUAUAGAAACAUACAAGGCAUCUGAUCGAGCUUCCUAUUUUUUUCUUUUCGAUGUCCGUCAGUUCGCUGCAAUAGUUAUUCCUUCAUGUCCCCCUCCCGCUACUACCCUGUAUUCUGCUUUUGCUAUCUCUAAUUCUAUCUAUCUAUCUAUCUAUCUAUCUAUCUAUCUAUCUAUCUAUCUAUCUAAGGUGUUAUCAUUUAGAAUUCUUCAUACUGAAUUUUAA